CUACACUAGAUUAACCUUUGUAUCUCAUUUUCUUUUCUUCUGUGGUUACAUCAGUAGAUGAAUUGUUGAAGAGGAAAAGAAAAAAAUGAUGAAAGGAAGCGAAAUUGAUGGCAUAGAAGUACCAGAAGCAGUGAUGGAGAAUCUGAACCGCACUCUUGGAAGCCUUCAACAGCUGGAGACUGAGUUACCCCAAUUCCUCGCUCUCUCUGACCCUGACCUUCUCGCUCAACUGCCAUUUCUCGAACGCGCUCACUCACUCUUCUCACUCGCCAAACUCACUUCCACCCUCUUCUCAUUGAAGUUGAGGUGCAGAGGGGUUAACCCAAAUGAUCAUCCUGUGAAAUCCGAACUUGACAAGUUAAACGUGUUGCAGAAGAAACUGGAGCGGCUUACGCGGUUGAGUGAAGCACAGGAGCAAAUUAGGAACAUAAAUGAAGGGGAGGAAUUAGAGAUGAACUAUGAGGAGCGGGCUGGUCAAAAGAGGAAGUAUCCAUCUUCUGAAGAGCCAUCUAUUCAAAUUGAUGAUAUGGAGUCCCUGGUGAAAGUAAAGGAGGAAAAUCUUGGUUAUAAUAGUGGAAAUGUUAAGGGAACAAUGGUAAUUGACAUUUCAGAUGAUGAUGAUGAUGAGUUUAUGUGAAUAAAGGAGCUGUGUUUAUGGAGGAGGGAGACUCUUGGAUGACUUCAUUGGUGACACAAACAUAAUCUCUGAAGUCGCAAGUGACGACGAAUGCUAAAUUUCAAAUUUCGACUAUCACAAGCACCUUUCGUUAGUGCAUGGCAGUUCCAAUGUGCUGCUGUUUCACACGUUGUUGUUGUCACAGAUUUUGAAAUAAACAUUUUCUAACAAA